UGGAACUGCUCACUUGCAGUUCUUUUGCUGUGCAGAAUUGCAUGAAACGGGACUUUUUUUGUCAGGACUGGCUUAACUGUGUGAGUUUAAUGUGGAAGACGUGUGUUUUGAUCAAAUGAAGUACCCUUUUGGUACUACGGUUUGAGUGAAAACACUUGAAAACCAGAAUCAUCAAAGAAGGGCCAGCAAAGUCAUGGACACCAUCCUCUGAAUGAACAAAGGGAUGGUAAACACCUUCCCUAAUAUCUUUCUCUACACACUGGGCUGUCCAUCAGUGUUGAAUUGGGUCUAGCUAUGGGAGGUUUGGAUGUGUGAUUGUGUCUCAAUCUCUUCUUUUGCACUUCUACGUGUCUCAUGGAGCCGCCAGUAGACAAGUCUCAGCUUCCGAACCCUACACUUCCCAAGAUAACCUCUCAAGGAUCUCAGCAUGGGAUGCAUCUCCCGUUACACAGUGGUGACCAGAGUAACAGUGCUUUCACCUCUGAGUCCUCAUUGUCUUCAUCAUCAACUGUGCCCCCAUAUGAUAGAGGUGAAGCAUCACCAGACUCCAUGUGUAGCUUGAGUAGUCUGAGCAGUGCCAGAACAGACAGCCCUUUGGAUGUGGACAUGCCAGAGGUAGAGAUGGGUAAAAACAUAGUCAACAUUGAUGAUUUAGGCAUACAGAGCCCAAACUGCAGACCGGACUACAAUGAGUCCAAUGACAACGACAAUUCUGUAUCUGUCUAUCUGGACGCCAAUGAAGACUGCUGGAGUGACAAUGAUAAUCAUGAUGUCACUUUGAUGGUAACACAGAAGGUUGGACUAAAUGACAACAGUGAUGUGGCCUCCUUGUGCUCUUCAGAACAUGGUGAUUAUGAUGACCUUAAAGAAGAGGAGAAAGAAGACUCUUUUCUCUCUUUAGUCUCGGUAGAUUUGGUGUUGAAGAGCCAGAUUGGUGUUUCUGCGCUGGAAGUCUCCACCAGCUCUGUGGUGGACCUGCUAAACAACACUUUACCAGACCUUUCUCAAGACCAACCAGCGGAAGGCAAGUCGCAGAGCUCCAACAGAGUGACUGAUCUGGCUACGGUCAAUGCCCCCCUGAGGGAAGUGGUCCAAGAGAAAGGGGAACUCUCUGAGUUGUGUCCAGACACUCAAGCUAAUGAGAUAAUCCUAAAUGAGAUGGUGGUGCAUCUUGAAGAUUCAGUGGGUAAUAGAAUAGGCACCAGAAACAUAAAGGUCUUGUCUUUCUCUAAAGAGGAUAACCAGCCAAAGUCCACAGUGAAAAAGACCAAUGCUCUGGCAGGACAUGGUCUCUCCAAGCCUCCUAAAAGGGCUGUUCUGACCAAAGCCACAAAACCUGAGGUUAAGAGAUUCCCCAGACCAGACCUGAAGAACGUGAAGGCCAAGAUAAUUUCCAGAGUUGCCUCUGCACCAAGAUCUGCCAGUCCCGCCAAAACAAACACUAAUCUUGGCAAGUCAGUUUCAGGCAAUGUGAAUUCGCUUCCUCUUACGGCAAACCGUGCAACCAGUAGGAGAGUGGAAGAUAAAGCUGUUGGGAAAAGAAGCAGAUCCUCAUCGAGCCAUGCAAGAGAACCAAAGAGAUCUGACUGUCGAGAGUCAGACCCUAAACUCCAAACAACGUGUCUGCCACCGGAUAGGAAAAAGGCACUUAUCAUUGAAUCAUCUGUGAAUCAUACAGAAGUUGCAGAGGUUGUCACCAAUGGCAAUCAGGAGAAGGGUGUGAUCACAUUAUCUUUACAAACACGAGGAGAAGAAACAAUAAUAAAGUCUGAAUUUCCUUCCUCAACCGAUCUCAUAGAUGAAGAAAAGGUUCAACUUAUGAAAGAAACAGAGCAAGAACCCUCUAAAGGCACCAGCAAGACUGUGUCUUCCAAGCUGGGACCUUCAUUAGGGACUACAGCUAGCAGUACAUCCACAUCUGGACCCCCAGAACCCAGACUGAAGCCCCCAAGCCGAGAAGCCCGACCCACAGGUAGUCUGGGUCCAUCGGGAGGCCGAGCAGUUCAGCCGGCGGGUAUUGUAAGGAUGCGCACCACAGACAAGUUGACAGGGCCUUACACCCCCACUACAGUCUCCAGCUCUCCUGGUAAGGGUGCUCAGAGAGCUCCCUCCUCCAAACUGCCAGUGAAAGGCCUUCCCACAAGCCCCAGCUCUUCAUCACUGGGAAGUACAAUCAGUGAAAGCAAUGGUAUUGCAGUCAACAAAGUUCCUGCUGAAGUGAUGAAGAAUGAGGAGAAGCCUAUCAAACAAUCCCCUUCAUCCCAGAUGCAAGGAAAGUCUCCAAUCAGCAAACCUGUAUCAGGACACCGCAGCAGAGCAAGCUCUAUACCAUCCAAACCAGUGGCAGGGCUGAAGGCCCCAACUAUGACCAACCACACGUCAGCUAAGACUAACCAGAAUGUUUUGCAACGCACCGGAUCGGCACGACUUAUUCGCUCAGCAACAACAGUGGACAAGAGCUCCAAAGGGCCCAAAGCUGCAGGGACAACAGCUGGCCUAACGCAGCAGCACAGCUCAACUGGGGGGACCGGAGAGACUGAGGAAGAGGAGGAAAGAGAUCUUCGUCUUCAAAAUGAGAAAAAGAGUCAGUGCAUCCUGCAGCUCCGUAAACUCAUCGCUAAUGGCAAUCACCGCUUGGAAGCUCUCGCCUUGGUUGUGCAGCAUGUCUUCAGCGAGCGUGAGGUGGCACUCAGUCAGAGAGAAGAACUUUCCGUCCAGCUUAACAAACUGCGACAGCAACUGGGUAACUCGGUCUCCUGUUGUGAGCAGUUGGAGAGGGAAAAGGAGGAGGUGCGGGUGUCUUUGGAGGCGCUGUUACAGAAACUACAGGAGCAGCAUCAAACAGAACUAGAGCAACUGGAGGAGAGACUGAAAGAGUUCUACUCAGCAGAAUGGGACAAGACCCACCUGGCCUACCAGAAAGAGGCAGACAAAUGCAGGGCGCUCAUGCAGCAGCAGGUGGAAGAGGUGAGGAACCAACAGGAAGCCCUGAGGAACCAACAGGAAUUGGCACACACUGAGCGGAUGGAGAUACUGAAACGUGAAUAUGAGACUUCAUGCGCAGAGCUCAGGAAGAUUCACGAACUGAACAUUCAAGAACUUGACAAAACACUUGAGUCUGAGGCCUCGCUCAAUGAAAAAAUUCAAAGUUUGACUGCAGAAAACGAGGCUUUGAAAGAAAGGCUAAGAGAGGAGGAGGAGCGGAGGAAAGCACUGGCAGAAAAAAGUCAGAAGGACGCCCACACACUGUAUUUGGAACAGGAGCUGGAGAGUCUUAGAGCCGUGCUGGAAAUAAAGACCAACCAGAUACACCAGCAAGACAAGAAACUUAUGCAGAUGGACAAACUGAUUGAUGAUAAUUUGAAACUAGAGGAGUGUCUAAAUAAGGUCCAGCAGGAGAACGAGGAUUACAAGGCUAGGAUGGACAAGCAUGCUGCCCUUUCAAAGCAGCUCUCCACAGAACAGGCCAUGCUUCAACAGACCCUGCAGAAGGAAUCAAAGGUCAACAAACGUCUAUCCAUGGAGAAUGAGGAGUUGCUAUGGAAACUACACAAUGGAGACUUGUGCAGCCCGCGACGCAUCUCACCCACUUCCCCCUUCCACUCGCCUCAAAACUCUGCCUCCUUUUCCACGACUCCGAUAUCACCCAGAUAGCCUCUGACCUCAGAAACCACCCUCACCCAGAGGCACCUAUGGACCUUUUGGCCAUUUGAUUCCUAUAAUAGGACUUGUACAGUUUGUAAAGACUUCUAAAGUUUAUAACUUUCCCAUUAAAGACAAUGAUGCACAGUUGCACUUCUUGAUCAAGCAAUUGCCUUGCUCAGUUACACAUUUGUUUGUUCUCUUCUGUGUCAUUCCUUUCUGUCUGUCUCUAACACAUUUUUUCCUUCUCUCUCCCUUUCUUUCACACACAUACACAAAAAUGUAUCUGAGGAGGGAACACACCUCAGGGCUUGUACAUAGAGUAUCUCUUCCUUGGACUGCAAUUUUCUGUUUUAUUUGUGCUCCCUUUUCAUUUUUUUAAUUAAAAAAUGGUACAUGCAUAGCAAGUAAA